AUGGUAUCUGGAUUCCACGGAUGCAUGAAGAAGGUAGCCAAUUCUGCAUUAUAUCAAGCAAAAUGUUGUAAAGCUGCCUUCAAAAUCCGUCUAAAUGGCAAGGCGGUAGUACUCAGAGCCGGAAGCGGGCAACAUAUACGAGAAUGUGGAAUAGAUCCGUGCGCAACAGCAGCAUGUCCUCGCAGCUGCACCUCUAACAACGAUGACUUCAUCUGUUUAUGUGAUUGGCCCCAAUAUGGAAAAACCUGCGAAUUGGGUCAGUUUCAUCAGCAAACCACUGGUUUAUCGGCAAUGCGUUUUACGGGAUAUUCUUACCUGGAAUUCAGAAGUGAAGAGCACAUGAACCAAAUCACUGGAGAUUCUCUGAACAUGGAAAUCAAUGUUCGGUUGAAUAACAUGACCGAUGAAGAUGGUUCUGCCAGGAGCCAGCUACUCGCAUUUGCUGGUGAAAACGGUAUCACUGGAGACUUCUUCCGCCUGCUGAUAACUCCAGAUCGAACAGUACAAGUUAUGAUGAAUCUUGGCUCCGGAUUAGUGUCUCUCACGCAUCCCACACCGCUAGCCCCGAAUAGAUGGACAAGAAUUGAAGUAAUCAGGUAAAA